AUCACACACAACAGACAAUAAAUUGGUUCAGAGUUAUGGCUUUGUUUUUAAUUAUACCAUUUUUGUGUUUUUUGGUGUCGUUUUCUUCGGAAAUUGUUAAAUUGUUGCAAAUACCAAAGAUAUUAUCAAAAUGCAACGAUUCGUCAGAGCUACGCGAGAAGAUGCAAUAUGCACGUAAAGAGCUGGAAGAUGCACGCAAUAAAGAAUACAGUGGUGAAUAUGCUAGAACUAUCAAAAUAAUGCGUGCUGAACGAAAACUAACCGACGUAAAAAAUGAUAUAUCACAAAAUAUUCGCAGUGCUCAAAUGAGUGGCACCAGAGUCGAACUUAUUGGAGGAUAUGCUCUGAAAGGGGUACUUAUGGUGGCAUUAAUUAUAAUUUCAAGUUGGUACAGAUAUGAAGCUGUAGUGAAAUAUAAUUCGAAAUUUAACCUUUCCCCAUUGGAGAGUAUAUUAAGUUUUCCAACGAGUGUGCCUUUCUCCAUUUCAGUACCUAUGUGGGUAUUUAUAUGCAAAAUCUCUUGUGGACAUAUAGCAAGCCUAGUAAAAUCAAACAUAAUUUCUACGCGUAAAUAAAUGUAUAAGGACA